UCGACUGCAUUUCUUACCAGCCGUCUAUCCAUUCGCUACGAACAAGCGCCUUGGGUUGGCUGGCAUAAGCCAGGGGGGCCCUAGAGGCAUACAGCAAGAGGCAGAGAGGGCGAAGCCUGGACAACCUUAACCCCCACCAUCCACCCCAAGUAUUUCCGAGGCCUCGGUACAGUCUCCCCUUCCUCCGCAAAUAUCACCCCAGCGUUUACAACACACUCCUCCAUCACCGCUUCUGAGAACUUAAGGAGUUCAAGUCUCGGAGGUUCGAUCUGUUCUGACCCCUUCACCGCCGUCAUAUUCAUUCCAGAUACAAGUGGUUGCAGAUCAGUUGUUCCCGAAUCCCUGACCCAGACACUAUUAAACAACGUAUCCCUAAACGUUUGCUAGCAAUUAGUGACUAUUGUGAUAUCAGUUUCCGGCUGUUGGCUGACGUGUCAUCGCAAUGAAGAGCAGGACAACCAUUGGUCUCCUGCAGGCAAUUACUACGACACUCAUCUUUCUGUUUCUGAUGUACCAGCAGGCGGAGAGUAUUGGGUUUUCUGAACAGCAGAAAACAGCUCGUUUAACUACUUUCGGGAAUCAGAACGCGGGUUCCCGAAAUCAGUCGACACCACAUCACGUGCAAAUUUCAGGAAAAGAAUGUAGGAGCAACAUAGACUGUGCAGGAAUUGCAAACACAACAUGCAUGAAGCAUCCCGAUGACACAAAAUUGCGCUGUCUUUGUGGCGAGAAGAAGUCUCCACUGAAUGGUGCUUGUCACCACUCAAAACAAGGCCUUCACCUUAAAUGCAAUGAGGACGAAGACUGCAUAUCAGGUGCAACAUGUAAGACUCCAACCAACAGCUCAGCCAGUUCCAACAUAGCUAGGACAUGUGAGUGCAAGGAAGAUUUUGCAGAAGAUGAUUAUGAAUGCAGCAGAGGUAUCCUCACAACAGUUCCAUGUACUGAUGCUGCCUUUCUUCUAUUAUUCUAUCCACUUCUACAAUUAAUGCACUGAAGUACUGCAGUUUGUUCCAAUGAAUAAACAACAGACAAUGUGAGGUUAUAAAGAGCUUAUGCACAUAUCAAUGUUUUAUAGAAGCCUCUUUUCUGUUUUAUAAAUUUAACAAUUAAGUGUUUGAUAUGAAAUUACUGUAAGAUAUGAUACAAACUGAGAAAGAAUAUAGCUGGAGGAAAUAUUUCUAUUCGUUGAGAUGGGAUGUCAACAGAUUAUACAAAGGGAAAUUUUCUGCUAACUCUUCCUAAGAUGAAAAUGUAUAAAGAUAUCUGAGGCAGAUAGAACAUAUCUGAAUUACAUCAAUCAGGCUCUGUGAGACUUCAGACAGCCUUGCAAGAAGCACUUAAUUUUUUAAUUAAAAGGUGCCUAUGUAUACGAAAUGUUGUUAUAUGCAGGUUUUUAUAUGGAGUUAAUGAUAUUAAUCAUUAGAAAGAUAUCCAAACAGUUAUUUCCAUUUUAAACAUAAACUGAUGUAAAUUACUAUAACAACCUAUCACCUGCUUUUAUAUGCUGUAAAAGUUGUUCCAAUACAAACCAAUACACUCAUUAUUACUGCAAAAAAAUAUUUUAACACCAUUCUCAAUUGCUUCAUACUUGUAUGGAAAUGAUUAAAAUUAUGUUCACAUCUUGAAGUGGUAAGAUUUCACUACAGCAAGUUUGUCAAUAUUUAUUUUAUAUCCUGAUAUACAAAAAACACAAUUAUAAAGUAUUGCUAGUCUAAAAAUAUCACCAUCAAAACAUUAAAUUUUAAAUUGGUUUAAAUACUGAGCUAGUGUAUACAUAAUUGUAAUGUAUGUGUAUAUAUGUGCUAGUAAACAUAAAAAUUCUAUGGUGGAAAUUGCUACAUUAAAUAUAUAGGAAGAUCUGCAUAUUUUUCUCACCAUAGUAGUAUAAACCUAGCACAUAAUGUUCAAUGUUUGUACUGUAAAAAUUGAAAUACUGUCAAUUUAUGUAUCUAUACUUAAUGUUUAAUAAAGCACUGAAGAAAUAUUUGAUACAUA